UCUUCGCACCAUGGCGCCAGGGCACCAGAUAUGCUUAAGAUGGUCCUGCUCCCGCUGCUUUGCUGUCAUGUGAUUUCUGUUCUCAACCUGAAGCAAAGUUAUUAACCCGAGGUACUAUUUCUGGGUUAGUGGAGUCUGUAACCUAAAGUGUCUGUAACCUGAGGUACCACUGUACUUUACUCAGGGUUUGUGCCUCUGAUAAUUUCAAGAUGGCAAAAAACUUUUAAAUCCUUGCUUCUGCCCAUCACUUCAUGCUGGAUGAAGGCAAACAAGUUGAAACCUCUUCCAGUAAGACAUAAGCUGUACUCAAACAUUUUAUCUGGAAGGUGCGUUGGAGCUCUGACCCAACCAAAUGGGCUUCUCUUUGUAGAAUCAUAGAAUUGUAGAGUUGGAAGGGACCCUGAGGAUCAUCUAGUCCACCCCCAUGCAAUGCAGGAAUAGGCAGUUUUCUCAUACGGGGAUCGAACCUGCAAUCAGCACCAUGCUCUAUCUAUCUAGCCAACUGAGCUGUCCAAGCAUUUCAUUUCUGAUUUAACAGGUCUUCCAGUCACAGGGAGUUUUCUAAACUUGUUCAGCUGAAUGCACUUAGAAAUCCUCUUAGUAUGUUUGCACUAAAUGCACAAAUGUCUGCAGAGGAGCCCCCACACCCAAAGAUGUUGGUCUUGUUUCAUUCUUAUGUUUGGGUGAAUGUAUUACCAUGGCUGAAGGAGCUAUGGUUUAGGGAGCAAGCUGAUUUUGAUAGAGGUUUUCAACCAGUUUUAGAUGGGUUGCCCUCCCGUUGAAAGACCUCAUUCAUAGCAUGUUCAUUGGUGGCAAGGAGUAACUUUAAUCAAUUUAAGGUGUUAUUAACUAUUAUUCCUAUCAUUGCUGCCCAUGGGCCAAACUGUUUAGAGCUGAUGGGAGUUUUCCCAAAACUUUUGAAGGGCACCAUGUUGGCUACCCCUCUUCUAUAAGUAAAAAAAACCCCAAACAUUCACAGGGUAGUUCUGAUCAUAUCUGUUCUGCUUCCAUUGCUGAAUGUGAACAGCUACAUGCCAGCUGAUGCUGUGAACCAGAUUUGGCUUGACAAAUCCAAGCAAUCAUUCUUUACAGCACCAGUUAGCUAUUUCUGCUCUCUUUUUAGGUGCUUCCAAGUCACACAGCCUGGCCUGUGUGAGUGAUAUUCAUGAACAGCAUUUCUUUGAGAACAGCCUCCAAUUCACAGGCCCCAUAGAUGUGACUGUUGCAACCUCUGCCUUUAAUGGACAAAGUGCUGGCUUAGAUCUAUCACUUGGCAUCAUUGCUAGCUGAUUCUCAGAACAGUGCUGGAAAUUCACAGUACAGCAAAGAGGGAAGUGCAAGAGAACUGGGGACAGAAUAAAUAAAAGAACAGGCAUAUAUUUCUGAUGAUGGAAAGAAUGUGUAUCAAGUACCUUUCGUAGCGUUGGAGUUCCGCUUCUCAAUAAAAGUUCUGAAAAUGCCUCUCAAAAGACAGUGGAGAUUAUUGUUCCAUUUUAAACCUAAGCAAAGCAGUAGCGGCACUAUCCAGAGUUCUGUAGAAAAAAAUUAGAAAUACAAAAAACUGCAUCCUCACAGACAUCCUAUAAAUGUAGAGGAACCUGUGAUUUUACCAUAUUAGUACUUAGAAAGUACUGAAUGCCUUUGCAAUCACUGAGAAGUUAUUUAAUUGGAUUUCUUGUAUACCUGCAGGAUGAAGCAAAAAAUAUCAGAUUUGCACAAACAGAUAUUUAUUUGGCUGUUGCUGAAUGAAUCCCUCUUCUUCUUUUUAAAAAGGGAGACCUUUAUUUUAAGUAGCUAUCAGUCAGCAUAGAAAAAUAAUUAUUAUUUUUGUUUGGCACAAGGAUACAUACUUGGCUAUUAGAGUUUUCCAGGUUCAUUUUUCUUCAUAUCUUUAGUACGAGACAGAGAUAAGGGGCUAGUGAUUGUGGGAAAGUGAUGGUUUUCCCCCUCAAAUGAAGAAAAUUGGAUCUCUAAGAUUUUACAUGCAAAGUUCUGAGUUGUGAAACUUUAUAGUAAGCAAUUGGACCCAGCUGAAGUGUGACUUGAGAUGGACAGUACAUGAUGUCAUUGAGUGUUACUUCUAGGUAAGUGGGCAUAGGAUUGCUGCCUAAAUAACAUUUUUGGAGUCCCAUUGUAUACUUGGCAUUCUAUACCAUGUAGAGUGUAAAUACUUUGUGCCAUAAAGCCUUUGAUGUGCCACAAGGCUUUACUGAUUUUUUUUCCUUAUUACUAGACAUGCAUUGAACUGUGCUUUUAAGCUGCUGCCCUAUAUAUUUAUUUAUUAACAUCAAUUGAAUUUUCUUUUGAGGCUACUGACAUCUGGGUAAACACAAUCCGAGUUGUGGUUUUUAGGCUGCAUUCACAGUCUACUUAAAACUUACUCAGCUUAAGGAUGCUGCAACUGCAACUGCCCUAGAGUAAGUGGGUUGUGGAUACUUUUUAGCAAUAGGAAAAAGGAAUAACUUUUUAAUCUCAAAAGUAUAUAGAUAAACUGAAUUAGCGCUACACAUGUAAACUUCUGUAGAGGUUGCUGUUCUUGCAUAUAUACCACAAGGAAGUACAGUAAUACAUUCCACGUUACGUGAAAAUGACAGCAUAUUCUCAGCUAGCACCUUGGGGAGUUUUUGAAGUGCUUAAAAUUCCAGGGUUACUUGGAUACAAUGAAUUUAAAUGAGGUUCGUGCACAGAGGAGCCUUGUUUCAGUAACAGGUAUGCGCUGUCAAAGAGUUUAAGAAGGACAGGAAAUAUCUUCAAUAAUUGCAGGGAAAUGCUGGCCUCUGUUUAUUGUGGUUUAUGCCAAGGAAAUAGCACCAGGCAUCUGAGGCAAAACCUUCAAACACAGAUCUUUAAAAAAGAAAAACUGCUGAUACAUACUGCUGUAUUGAGCUGGCCUUUCAGAAACGCUGCAAUCAGUGUUUAUUCUGAUUGGUGUAUUCACAAAAUAAUUGUGUGCUGCUUCACUCUGGCUAGAACGUGUGCAUUUCGUGGUGACAUUUUAAAAAUUCGAGGGUAGCACAGAACUUACUAGCAGCAGGGUGGAAGAAGAAAGUAUACUACAAAAAUUAUGUGGUCUAUGUUUCUGCAACGGAUAGUGUAUAGAUUAUAGUGUGAUGUAGAAAAACUCAUGAGUUCAAGAAGCAGCUUCAGUUGAUGUCAGUCCUUCCCAACAUGAAAAUAUCUGUCAGAUUUUGGUUUUUUUAUAUUACAAUCAGUGGAAUAUAUGGUCAUCUGUUUACUGCUGUUAAGUAAAACAUUUCUGAACGUCAGUUACCAACCAUUUGCUGCUACUUCUAUCUCACAGCUUUUCUGUAGAGAAGUGCUAUUUCCUGUCAAGGUUCUGAAAACUUUAUGCAACUCAUCAAACUCUAGAUGUAAAAACCCAAGACAAAGGUGUACUACUGUUUGGAAUGGUUUAUUUUUAAGUAUGGUAAAUUGUGGUCCAUCGUAUUUUGCUUUAUGUAGCAGUGCCUUCCUGAAGGGCCUGUUGGAGUUGCCAGGAAGUUAUAGCAACAGGGCAAAUGUGUGCCUGAGGGAAGGAUUUCACAAAGUGAUGGAAAUGUGGCUGUUAACUUCAAGAACAACAUAUCACCUUCUCUGUUGUGUCGGUACCAAUUUAGGUCUGUCUGGUCUUGUUGGAAAUUAUGAAAGCAGGCGUUUGUGAGUUUUCCAAAGUGUUUAAACUUCCCCUAGACAGUCAACUUGUUUAUCUGCAAUACUGAAUGUACAUGGUAUGAUGACUGUUGUAAUGAGCAUUUAUGCUGGGAUCAAACAGCCACAAUACCACAAAGAGCCACAGUUGUCCUUUCAUUUGGAGAAGAAUCUCUAAUGAGAUCAGCAGUGUCUUUUCUCUCCCUGCCCUGCCUUUGACAUCUUUAGUGUUCUGCUGAAGAACCUAAAACGGUAUUUCAUCUUGAGCUCCAGUAUGGGACUGGUCCAAUGAAUGCAGUGAGAAUUCAGCAGAUGGCCUGGUUUCUUGCGACAUAUUCAGUACAUUCAUACAUCUCUGAGCAGCUGGAUCACUACUAUGCCUUAAACAAAUCUAAAUGUGUCUUUGUUUAGAUCAACAUAUUAUAAUACAAAUCACUUGCAAAGUGGUAAUGGAUGUAGAACAUUUUGCAUCCAAUAGUCUCUUAAGCAUACAGAAACUUUGAGAUAGCUGUAUCAUAAUUUCAAGAUGCUAGCUUGCUGUAAUUUAUUUUUUUGACUAUUUGAUGGAAUAAAGUGAGUAGUUGGACUCAAAAUGUGUAAGGAAACUGACUUUGGGUAAUAUGCUUUCAAGUGAUUGCCAUCGUUGUUGUUGUUGUUGUUGUUUAGUCGUGUCUGACUCUUCGUGACCCCAUGGACCAGAGCACACCAGGCUAUGCCAGCAUGCCUGCCAAGAAAACUCCAUGGGAUUGGUAUCGUAGUGACUUCUAAUAGAUGGGGCUUCAAAUUUAUUAGGUGUUCAAGAUGAAUCUGGACAAACUCAGCAAACCUGAACUAUUGACACUAUUUAGCAUUCUUGAAGGGGAACUAGAAGCCCAAGAUGUUGUCAUAGAAGCCUUGAAGGCCCGGCGCAGAGAUACUUUCAUUGAAGAGCGCUAUGGACAAUACAACAUUAGUAAUCCAUUUACGGCUCUUCAGAGAGAUUUUGAAGCACUGAACGAAGAGAAUCGUGGUGAUAAGCAGCCUGUUUGUACCAAUCCCUUGACCAUCCUGAAGGUAGUGAUGAAGCAUUGCAAGAAUAUGCAAGAAAAAAUGUUGUUCCAACUAGCUGCUGCAGAGAGCAGGCACAGAAAGGUAAUCUUGGAUCUUGAGGAAGAGAGGCGGCGGCAUGCCCAAGAUACUGCUGAAGGAGAUGAUGUCACAUACAUGCUGGAAAAGGAACGAGAGCGGCUCGCACAACAGCUGGAAUUUGAGAAGUCGCAGGCGAAGAAGUUUGAGAAGGAGCAGAAGAAGCUAUUGGGCCAGUUGGAGGAGGAGCAUGAUCGCCAGCAGCAGCUCUCUGCCAUGCUUGUGUUGGAGUGCAAGAAAGCCACAGCCAAAGCCGCAGAGGAAGGACAGAAGCUUGGGGAGCUGAGGCUGAAGCUAGCUGAGGAAAGAAGCAAAGUAAGCCACUUGGAGGGAGAGCUAGCAGCCCAGAAGAAGAGAGGCUCGCAAAUGGAGGCGCGAGUGGAGAAGCAGCUGUCUGAGUUUGACACUGAACGGGAGCAGCUGAGAGCCAAGCUGGAUCGGGAAGAGAAUCUCACCAAGGCCCUGAAGGAGGAAGUAGAGAAUCUGAAGACAACUCUAAAAGAAUUAGAGGCCUCAUAUAAAGCUGGGAGAGGCAAAGCAGAGCACACGCCACCAAAGGUCUCAAAGGUGUCCACAGCAACUGCCACAGAGGGCUCAAGUAGGUCAGUCACUUGCCAGACAGAAAGCCCCUGGACAGAGAGCCUCAGCCAGGGAAAUACUAUUCGACGGGCACCUAUGUUAUCGCCUAUCUCUGCCACUGCUUCCCACUCUUAUACCAAGGCAAAUGGGCACUGUGAUGCUCAUGUACAAGCAAGUAUGGAGCCAGCUCUGCCCAAGGAUGAGCCGAUUGGACCAGCAGCCGAGAGGGCCACAGAAAUUAGCAGCUCCCCAGCAAGAACAGUUUCCAUUUCCCCUUCAACCCCACCAGUCCCUUCCAGUGGGAUAUUCUUUUCUCCGAGCAACACAGCUUCUUCAUCUCUGACACCCUCCCCAUGUUCCUCCCCAGUGAUGACUAAAAGCUUGGUUGGAGCAUCAGUCAGCAGCCCCAGCUACCAAUCUCCGUACCAAGUGGGGAUCAACCAGCGCUUCCAUGCGGCACGUCACAAAUUCCAAUCCCAAUCUGAUCAAGAUCACCAGCCAAGCGGUCUCCAAAGUCCUCCAUCUAGGGAUCUGUCACCCACCCUGGUGGAUAAUUCCGCCGCAAAGCAGAUUGCCCGUAAUACAGUCACUCAGGUUCUCUCCAGGUUCACCAGCCAGCAGGGUUCCAUCAAGCCAGUUUCUCCCAACAGUUCCCCCUUUGGCACAGACUACCGAAGCCUGGCCACUCCCCUGAGCCCCAAAAGUGAGCGUGGCCCAGGCAAGGUCUCUGGCCCGUUGAGUCCACUGUCACCUGGAAUUAAAUCACCAACCAUACCCAGAGGAGAAAGAGGGAACCCUCCACCAAUUCCUCCCAAGAAACCUGGACUGGUUCCUUCUCCAGCGAGUCCCACUCCACCAACCAAAACAUCCUCUCAGGCAUCUUCUCCUAUGGACUUGGCAAGUAGCUGCUCAAGCAAUCCUGUUAUAGCCAAUGGGAAAGAAAUUGAGAUCUUAUUGCCAACCAGUAGCUAGCUUCCAGAAAGUGUUGCAUUCCUAGUGUUUGCCAUUCCUGGAGCUGAAACAGCUCCUGUCUUAUCCACUUUACGUUAUUUAUUGCAUUUGGGGAGUAACAAGAUCUAUUUGUAUAGCACAUUUAGUGUACUUUUCCUUUUGAUUUAUAGUAUGUAGAAAAUGACACAACUUGUGUACAAACCUUUAAACACUAGAUCUUCGAGGUAUCCUAACGGCAGCAGGCACAUCAAACGAACAGAGAAGCAGUUGAUUUCCUGUGCUGGGAGCUGACCAGUGGACUAUGACAAUGAAGCAGCUGUUUUUAAAUUAUGCAGCAAAAUACACUCCAUGCAAACUUCCAUUCCAGACAGACAUUUCCUAAGAAGUGCCUGAGCUUAAGCUGUACUGCAGCCAUGCAUGUGUUUCUCUGCAAAACCAGAAGUGAUUGUCCAAUUGAAGAAAGCACAGAUUCCUCUCUGAAUCAUGAAUGUUGAAAUAACCACUGUCCUUAAUCCUUUCCAGUAGUUCUGUUAUCAGCAGAAAGGAAAUGUUCCAGAGGCCAGCCAAUUGUUUCCCUCUUAGGAACCAAGUCAGUUAAUGUCGCUGCAUUGUCAGGCACAUUUGGCCUUAAUAGGGAGCUUUAUACACCCUGAGCUUUUCCUAUGUGACCAUGUAAACAUAAAAUAAAGGGGGGGGGGCUUUAAGCAAUCAGGGUGCCAUUUUUUCUUCAGCCAAGUACUCAUUUCUUUUUCUAUAGAGAGAGAGAAAAUAGGUGAGAUUAAAUCUGGAAGUGUUCCACUAGGUUUUUUCAAUAUUUUUCAUGUAUUUUGCUGCUUUGUAUGUAGAACCUCUGAGAGCAGAAUCUUCUGUGAUAAUGAUCUUAACAUUACUUGAAAUGAGAAGUGGUUAGUCAGUUCUAUGCAUGUUUUAGCACUGGAAAGAUAGGGAUUUAUGCUAGAUGAUUCAAAGCAAUAAUGUUGGGUUGCAUCCAGCUAAGUUUUACUCAAAGUAAACCCAUGGAAAUUAAUGAUGCUUGCAAAAGUCAUCCCUCCCUGGGAAGAGUAGCAUUUUCAAAAGUUGUGUGUGCUGCAAGGAGAAAAGGAAAUUUCUCCAUCAUCUAUACAAACACAAACUAUUUCUUUUUCUCUUCAGAUCCUCAGGGAGACAGAAACAUUGUGUGGUGCUGGUGACUUGCAGCUCUUGCUCUGCCCACUAGCAGCUCUGGCCACACUGAUAUCUGGACCUCUACAAAGGUCCCUCCCUGGUGGGGAGGUUGUCUUAUCCUGCACUGGACACGAGGUCUUGAUGCUGCUUCAAAACUCCACUAACUCCUACCCUAAACUUUUUUCUAAGCUAUGUUGAAGUAUUUUAGCAAAGUGACUGAUAUUUCUGAAACUAGGAGGUCAUACCACUUGACCAUAUACCUCUUAAAUUUUGAUCAGAGUACCGUAAUUUCAAUUGGCUGCCCCUACACUAACAGUAGUCCAGAAUCUCUUAUAGACAACUAGGAAAGCACACAAACAGUUCAUUUGUGCAGUACAAGUUUCUGAAUAUGGUCUGUGUAGCUCCAUACUGGGUGAAUGGUUUCUUAUUGGUAUCUCUGUGAAUCAUGAACUAUAAGGGUAUUGUAGCAGCACUUAAAAUCUUUCCUUUGAAUUAGACUAACUUGUAUCCUGACAUGAUAGAGAUUUAUAGAUAAUAAUAUUAUUAGGAAAAUACACAGAGUAUUGUACUCUACAGUGGAUGGUGGGAAGAGAGAAGGAAAGAGGAGAUUUAUAUUUUUGCCAGUAGUCUGUCUUCAGAGAUUAAGCUAAGCACAACUAUUAAAAUGUUCCCAGCUAAUCCAGUAAGACAUCUAGGGUUAGUAUUGUAGGUUUUCUAUAGACCUGUGUAUGCAGGGGUGGAAAACAUUUUUAUUCUUCUCAGAAUCCUGUAUCGCUGGAGAAGUUCCUGGAUAAUAAUGAUGAUAAUAUAUUUUAAUGAAGUCAAAACUGCAUAAUUUAGUAUUAUCAUUAACAUUGGUAUAUUUGUAAAGUCAAAUGUAUGAAGCACAGUCUUUUUACCAUUUUUAUAGCUGGCAGCAUUAAACACUUCAAACGUUCACACUAUCAACAAAGGGUUAUAUUUUUAUGAUGUGAAUAUUGUGCAAGAACAUAUUUGAGAAGUAGGUUGGGCUGCUUGUAUCAUUAAAUGUUUUUACUGGAUAGCCCUGAAGCAUUUGCUAGCAAUUUGUAGGCAUUUUGUUAGCUGUAGUAUGUCUGAAACACAUAUAGAAAAAUGUGCAAACACUUCCAGUAGCUGGCAAUACCAGGGACAAAGCUUUUAAAACAAAAACAAGGAACUUCCUAAUACUUGGUAGGAAUGCUGCCAGUAUUUGCCACCACUUUUGUCCUGAGCUUCUGGGCAGUUUAGCCUUUGCUCUUCAGAGUUCUUUAGGGUGGAUUAUACCAACAUCCAUGCCAACCAUUGCCAUGCAACAACAUAACAUUAUGAUGUGAUGGCACCUCUCCAGCCAGCAUUUGGGUAGGGAACCACACCUCUUCAUUUCCGCUGCAUAUUCUGGUAGUCUUGCAUCAUGCAGCAGUGAGCCAGCACCCUUGGGAAAUAUGUAAGAGGGUAGAUUAGGUGCAUACCUUAAAGAUUAUCUGCAGCUUUGGUGCAUCUGAGAUUGCAACCAAUGACACAAAUUUCUAUACAGACCUUUUAGGGCUUAGGUGCCAGUACUUGGCAGAGGAUAUGGGCACUUGAACAGCACAUUUCCACCUAUCUGAUCACACUUCUGCAUAUAACCUGAUUCUUUUUCCACUUCUGGGGGGUGGAGUCAGACUUUGCAUAAGGCAAAGUCCUCUCCCUGGUCUGGAAUGUUGCAAAACAAUCCGUACAACAUCAAAAGCCUGUUAAGGUUCCACCCACCACUUUCUACCACCCUGCGCUCAAAUCUAUGAAGGUAUUAGUCUCACCUGUGACAAUCUACUUAACGCAGCCCAUUUUCUAGAGCUAUGACUCCUAGGAGCCUUAGAGCAACUCUGCAACCUGCUUUGAAACUAUGGGAAUAGAAGCAAAGAGACGAUUGCCAACAGAACAUCUCUAUGCUGCUGCCUUAUUUAGUUUUGUCUCUUGCAGCUCACAUACAGGAAUUUUCUUUUUAGUGUAAGGAAAGAAGACUUUGGACAAAACUCCCCCUUUCUCUUGAGUAAUUGUCAGUGAAAAAAACAACAGUGUCUGCACUGUCCCGGAAGCCAGAGUCUGAGACUUUGAACUAAUUCUUUUUUACUGGAUGAUGGGACAAGUUAAAAAUAUAUUUAUGACUAGGAAAAUUCCAGUCUUCUGACUCUUUCUUAGACUUCUUGCACUAUGACCAUGGGGUGAUGUGGUUAGAGUGUCAGACUUGGAGAACCUGUGUUCAAAUCCCUAUUUGGUCUUGAAACUUACUGGAUAACAGGCUGAGAAUUGGGAGGAUAAAAUCAGUGGAGGUUACUUCCUACUGCAGUUACUCUCUUCAUUGUCUUGAUUUGUGCAGCAACUUGUCUGCAGCUCUGAGAGCCAUUAUUUUCCAGUCCAGGAGUGUUCAAAAAUAAUUCUCUUAUGCCACCUUGUGUUGUGAAUAAUACAUGUUUCUCUGUUGACUCUGGCAUAUAUACGGUAUAUUCUUGCAACUUUUAAAAUGAGGGGAUUGAAAGGCACGCUUGGAUUUAGGCUUAUCUCUUGAAUGUUAUUUCUCCAGGUGACUGGUAUGUUUCUUAAUUCAGUAGAAUUUCCACCUCACUAGGUCCUUUCCCCCCUGAAGAGCUACCAACUCCCAUAAGAAGAAAGAUUACAUCAUUUGGGACUUCUUAGUUUAGAAAAAUGGCAAGGAAGCAGUAACUGGAUUGAAGUUUUUCAACUUCUAUAGACAAAGUGGUUAGAGAAAAGUUAUUUUCCUUCUCUCAUAACGCUAGAACCCAUAGACAUCCAAUGAAGUUGAUUUUAUUGAAUGCUGACUGCAUAGGCAUAGAAUUGACAUAAACACAUUCUGAGCAGCUAGAAAAUUUUCAGGUUGGAAUGCAAGUUUACUAAAAUGCCAGUUGCCUGGCUGCACUGGAGGAAUUAGGUUACAGCUCCCCAAACAAGCAAAGAAGCAAUGGGUUUUAGCCAUAAGACACAGCAGAGACUGUGGUUGGGAUAUAUUAUUUACUUACACAUAUAUACAACCGGGGCCUAUGAUUGACACUCCAAAGGGGUCUUGCUUUUCCCAUAGCCACAACCUUGGAUUCAAGCAGAAAUCAGCCAUGGCUCUCUCUCUCUGCCUUUCCAACCCACAGCUUUUCCCUUUAGGUCACAUACCAGCAAACUCUGCUCUAAAACUCAGGUUUUGUCCUUUUAGAUAACUCAGAGAUGGUGGAAGGCCCCCACCCAUUUGCUGUGCCAGAGUCCCCUCUCCUUUGCUCUCUUAAUGUCCCAUCACCUUUCCUUUGUUUUUCUGCAUGGUCCAUCAUCCCGAGUGGUUACCACAUCAGGAAACUAGCCUGGCUUAUGUUUUAACACUUGCUGGGUCUAGGAGUUAGAAAGUCUGGCACCCACAAACAAUACAUUGUUAGAGCCCAACCCUAUCACCCCUACCUAGCAUAGUCAAUGACCAGUGGUAGUGAGUUUUGGUCCAGCUGCAUGUCCUCAUCCUUGUUGGCAUGUUCUGUAUCCAGGCCCAGGUUGUGAGCCACAUCUUGCCCCUGAACAGGUGAAGACCUUGCCUGUGUACCUGUACCAGGAGUAUGACAGAGGCUUUACCUUAGCCCAGUGAUGGUGAACCUAUGACAUGGGUGUCAGACGUGACACACAGAGCCCUCACUGCUGGCACGCGCGCCAUCGGGCAAUUCAUGCUGUUGUUGUCCCCCCCCCCAUUUUUCUCCUGCUGCUCCUACAUCUUGUCUCCUCUAGAGCAGUGUUUCUCAACCAGUGUGCCUCCAGAUGUUUUGGGACUACAACUCCCAUCAUCCCUAGCUAGCAAGACCAGUGGUCAGGAAUGAUGGGAGUUGUAGUCCCAAAACAUCUGGAGGCACACUGGUUGAGAAACACUGCUCUAGAGCUUGUCUCUGCUACAGCUUGUCUCCACUGUUAAAACCCGGAUCCUUUUUUUUUUUUUUUUGUUGCUGGUAGCCAGAGAUUGGUUUUUUAAAACUUUCCGUGCUGUUUCUUUCUGGCGCUUUGGCAGACUAUGUUGGUGCUGCGUGUUAGUUCCAGUGAAGGUAUUCUUCGUCAUUUAUUUCUGUUCUCUUCCCCCCCCCAAAGUGCAGCAGCUUUGGGGCACCCCCCAAAAGCAAAGCAACUUUUGCACCCCCCAAAAAAAACCUCCAAAACUUUGGUCAGCAGCUCCCCCCAAAAAGCUCAACAACUCUGGACACUUUGUGAUAAAUAAGGGGUUUUUGGUUUGGUUUGGUUAAAUAAUUAGUUUUUGGUUUAUUAAAUACAGUUAUAUAUUACAAUUAUACAUUUUUGUAAUUUAAACUAUAAAUAUCGCUAAAUUGUGUUUUUUUUUCUCGAAGUGACACACCACCCAAGUUAUGCUCGUUUUUUGGGUGAAUUUUGACACACCAAGCUCAAAAGGUUGCCCAUCACUGCCUUAGCCUGUCCUCUUUAUGCUUGAAUUGGAGGAAGGAGAGAGCAGGUUAGUGGAAAGGGUGCAGGGGUGACAACUUGAAUAAAAUAUUUGGGGGGGGGACAGUUAAGCUCUACCAUGUAUAAUGGAUCACAAGACAUGGCAUGCAUACACUGUUUGAAUGGCAAUGCCCAUCAACUGGGGCAGCAGCCCCCUUAAAUAUGUUAUGGGGGAGGGCUAAUGGGACCUUGGUCCCUAGGAGCUGGCUCCUAUAGAAAAGGGUGCUAAGCAUACAAUCUACAAGAGGAGCAUGGAAUAGGGUCCUUGGGGAUCAAGGAAAGAAGCUCAAUCUGCCCAGAUCUGGUGGGUGCUAGAGAGACAGCUGAGGAGUCAGCAUUGUAUGGAGGAGGGAGUAGAAACUUGUGGGGAGUACAGAGGGUGAAAUAAUGGUGGAGGUUGUGGGUCUUGCGGCUCUAGGUCAUAGGAAGUUCUCAGAGGGAUUGGGAAGCUGACUGGCCUAGUAUUUGGCAGUCUGUAGCAUUUGUGACUCAUGAUUUCGUGAAAAUUACAACCUUUAAACCAGACUUGCAGAAUGUUCCUUGCUCUGCAGAGCUGCCUGUUGGAAACUUCAGCCAAAGGAAAUAUUGGUUGCUGAAAGGCACUUUCCCUGAAUACGAUGACAUUGCCCAUUCUGCCACAGUGGACGCUCCUGCCAGUUUAUUAAUUGAAACCUGCUAUGACUUCCAGAACAAUGAUGCUAAUAAUUAGCUGUCUGGUGAAAACUUCCUCUGGAAACAUUUUCAUGGCAUAUCCACCAGAGAGCAGCCUUUCCAUAUCAAUUCACUCGUAUGGCCAAAUUUUGCUUAGGGUCCUUUCCAACUAAACAAAUGCCAGUGGCCAAAAAGAGUUGACUAUUUGAAAUGUUGUUUGCUUUAUUUUAUUUCAGAAUGUAUAAAGCAUAAAGAAGACCUGAGUGGUGUACAGAAAUAGAAUAUAAAACAUGGUGCAUGUCAUAAAAUAGUAUUAAAACACAGAAACAGACAAGAAUUAAAAAACUGCAGAAAUAAAAUAGACUAUAAUCUGGGUAGGCUUAGGACAAAAUAAAGGUCUUCAACAAAUGUUGAUAAUCUAACAGUGUUGGCACUUGCUUCACUUGGAGGGGAGGAGGAAUUUCAGAGCGCCUUGCUGUCCCAUAGUCAAGUCACAACAUGCUUACUGCAGGGGCAUGAACAGGGCCAUCUUAAGUGUAUCCGGCGCCAUGGUGCAAAAAUCCCUCCAGCGCCCCCCCCCCAUUUCCCCAGAGUUGCCAACCUUUUUACGGCGCUGCCGGCAGCUUUGCGAGGCUGGAGGAGGCAGGCAGCGGCUGGAGGAUGGCUCCUCCAGUGGGGAAGAUGCAGAGGCUCUUGGCGCGGGGCUGCUUCCGUGAGGCGGGCGAGUGGGUGAGCUGAUGCCAGGAGGCACCGCACCGCACCCAGCCUCCGCCUCUUCCCUGGCGCCCUCCAGAACUUGGCGCCCCAGCGCCCCACACCACUUGCCUCUAUGGGCAAGACGCCCCUGGGCGUGAAUGACUUGCUCUACACCUUUGCGACCUGAGUGUGCUGUUGACAGCUUUUAGGAUGCUCCAGAAGAGAAUAAUUUUUCCUUGGCCUAUGUGAAACUGCCGGGUUUCUCAUUUUGCUUUUGGGGAAGGCUGCUUUUGCAGCAAGUAACAGAGCAAUCACUCGCAACUAUUAGAAGCAAGAAUUAACUUGGCAAUUUCUGGGUUUGCAUCUGAGAUUGCUAGUGCUUUACUAUGGGGUAAAUUGACUUAUUAUUGUAUAUUUAUUUAUAACCUGUCUUUUUUCCUGAAGGGGCUCAAGGUAGCUUACAGAUAAAAACAAGAACUUCUAAAAACAUAGAAAAACCAAUCAUUAAAAUACAAUUAAACUCUGAUAGAACUACAUACAUACAUAAAAUCUAUAUACAUAUUAAAAAAUCUAUUUUAAACUUACCAAGGAUUACAAUAAAAACAGUACAGCAUCAGCCCUUUCAUUAAAAACAGUCACUUCCCAAAAGCCAGCAGACUCUGCUGAAGCUGAUAACAUAUAACCAAGAAAGUUAAAUUUAUUUCAUUUUAUUUGCAAGCUUCUCUCUCUGUGUGUGUGUUUCCUUGUGUUUCCUUUUUCCUCACCCCCACCCAUUUCCCAGAUAAACUGCUUUUAAAAAACAUUUAGACACUGAGCUUCCUUGAAUCAAAGAGGAAUUUCUCACUAAAACCUUCCCCAUGUGUUUAGGACCACAUGGUUAAGCUGCACGUCAUAAGGAUAUUUCACAAGGUUUGGGUUAGGUUCUGUCUCCUCUGAAGUUUUUGGGGAGACCAAGCACUAAACAGACAAGUGCGGCAGCCCAUCAUAAUUCUUUGAGGUGAGGAACCUUUGUCUAAAAAGGGGUCUCCCAGCAAGGAGCUCCGCCAAUCCACAACAGGUGGCAAAAUCUGUGUGGCCACUAUAGUGGCCCGUUGUCCAUGCACUGACUUUCACAUCUCCAAGGCAUGAACAGAGUCUCCCCAGAUACCUAGAGUUUCUCCAUCACUGAAGGCCAGGAUAUUGUGUCCAAAAUCAUCUCAGAUCAGAGGUCCACAGAGGCAUCCUGUUUCAAAGGAAGUUCUAACAGAUGCUGUUUAUAAAGCUACCCUGGGUAGAAAAUGUCUCCAGGAACUGGUCAGCAGAGGGCAGCAUUGUUCAGGCAGAGGCUUUCUACUCCUUUCCACCUGGCAGAAAGAGGUUAUCAAUUCACUCCCAAAUCGGUGCAGAGAUGCAAACAGGCUAAUGGGAGUUACGGCACCUUUUCCUUAGGCCUCUGUGUGAUGAGCACACAAGCUUCCUGGCGUCACAGAGCUGCUCUUGAAAAGCCUGGUUCAUCUUUCCCAGAGGCGACUUCAUACCUCUAUUCCUAGGAAGCCGGGUAAACACAGCACUUUCUCAAAUGGAGAAUGGCUAUUGGAAUUGUUGUGCGCAGCCUGCUAUCUCCAGCUCCUGAGAUAAGGCCGGAUGUGGUGUACUUCUUCACCAGGCACACAGGAGCGAGAGAUACCAGGCUGCACACAGAAUGAAUGGGAUCAGAGCACCAAUGGCAAGGAGCCGGGAGCAACUUAAGGGGCAAUUUCUGUGAGGAAACAGAGUGGUGAGUAGAGGGCUAAAGCCAUCCUCCCACCAUCACAGUCGUAAUCCAGACUUAUCAUGGGCCUGGGUGAAGCUCUAUAACAGCUUUUUGUAAAAACAUUUCACUGUGUGCCAAUGAAAGCUGGUCUGCUUAGGCAAAAAGGGCAAAGCCCCACCAACCUAUUUGCCUUCUUUCUUAAGAACCAGUCCAGGGAGUGGCACUGUCUGCCAGCAUCCUUCUCCUUAAUCUCCUUAAUCUGUUGUAGCGAGAAGGAUGGGGGCAAAACUAGAAUUAUUUGGCUCUGCGUGUUAUUGACUCGAGUUCCCCCAACUGGGCUCACUGCCUUCCUCCCUAACUGUGGCAGCUAGACUGGUAACACUGGUCUUGGAAGAUCUACAUUAGCUCCCAGUACGUUUCCGAGCACAAUUCAAAGUGUUGGUGCUGACCUUUAAAGCCCUAAACGGCCUCGGGCCAGUAUACCUGAAGGAGCGCUUCCACCCCCAUCAUUCUGCCCAGACACUGAGGUCCAGUGCUGAGGGCCUUCUGGUGGUUCCCUCGCUGUGAGAAGCCAAGUUACAGGGAACCAGGCAGAGGGCCUUCUCGGUAGUGGCACCCACCCUGUGGAAUGCCCUCCCACCAGAUGUCAAAGAGAUCAACAACUACCAGACUUUUAGAAGACAUCUGAAGGCAGCCCUGUUUAGGGAAGCUUUUAAUGUUUGACGGACUAUUGUAUUUUAAUAUUUUGUUGGAAGCCGCCCAGAGUGGCUGGGGAAACCCAGCCAGAUGGACGGGGUAUAAAUUAUAUUAUUAUUAUUAUUAUUAUUAUUAUUAUUAUUAUUAUUAUUAUGAAUAUCCAACGGAUGCAACCCCCCCCCAAACCCACUGGUUUCUGCUUAAUGUAAUGCAGUUCAUCAUCUGUAUCUAGGACCAACAAAGAGUAUUUCCCUCCUGGAAUGUGUAGUCUUUUCUUGACUUACUUUGGGCAAAUCUCUUUGCUCCAGAGCCCCCUUUCCCCCUUGCAAAGGGAAAUUCCAACAUCAGCAGCGACUGUUCUCCUAUUGUCAGCAUAAUAAUUCCAUCCUGAAGAGAAAGUGUAACCAGAUCUUUCCCAGCCCCAAACACUGAGCAGGGCAGAGGGUUGGCGUUUGUUUAGAAAUUCAAUGGAGAAAAACCUAAUUACAUGAUGCGGGUGGGAUGGACAGCCUUAAAACCAUUUAGUUUUAGAAUAAUAUUUGGCACAGAGAAGAAAAGAAAGAAGCAGCAUUUAACACAAGUCUCUCCCCCCCCCCCGCCGCCCUUUCUUCCUGGAAAUUUCACUAUAUGGAUCACAUUGGGCCAUGCCAAGGAUAAAAUAUGUCCAGCUGGCUUUUAUACCUCUCAUCCUCAGUGUUAUCAUGAGCUGUGAGUGUUAAAGAUGGAACAAAUGCAAGAAGGGUUGAUGCACUGCUCUUCAGAGGUCUUUGAUGUGCUAGCAACCCAGGGGUGCAUGGAAGAUGAAGGAUGGAGCACGAAGAUGGAGGCUAGAAGGCUGGCAGAACUUUUUUUUGGGGGGGGGGAGGAAAAAAUCUCUCUCAUCUCCAACCCAAACAAAGCCAGUGUCGAUGACCUUGAUUUGGCCUAAGUGAAAUACGGUUUGGAACAUUUGGCAGCAACUCAGGUGGCUGCAGGAAAUGAGGGGUCACUAACUUAUUGGGGUUCAUGAGAAGCAGUUUUGGGCACCACAUACUGUGAUCUAUGGGCUACAAUAGAAUCCUCCUUACAAGCCUAAUUUCAGCAGCGGGAGGGGACUUUGUGGGUGCCAGGGAGGGCUGACCCACAGGUGUCGUAUUGGCAACUUGUGGGGUAAACUAUAGGGCAUUAGAGCCCUAUUAAUGGGAGGCAAGUGGAGCCAUGUAGAGUAGGGGGAAGAAAAGGACCUGCUUAGUGCUUCCUAGAAAUGCUACAUGACUGCUUAUGGCUUCCUGGGUCUCUCUCUCUCUCAUGUUCUCUCUAUGUAUUUAAGCAGACACCUAAUUAUUCUAAUUGCAGUUAUUUUCUGGAUAUCCCCCCCCCCAAUAAUUACUCCGAAUUUUUGACUUGUUCUUUUUUUUUUUUUUAAUAAACCUUUAUUAGAUAUUAAAAUUACAAAAGGAAAUACCAAGACAAGAAAGCAAAUGAAAGAU